UUCUUUCUCUUUCUGGAAACUACAAGACACACAACAAGAUCCCGGCAUUACACAAUAGUGACUUUCAAUCCAUGCCUGGAUUGGUUACCUUAAAGAUGGCGCAUUGCGAAAUAAACGCAAUUGCAGACGACACAUUUUCAUCACAUACAUCGUUACUGUAUUUAGAUUUGUCGUACAACAAAAUUCUCCGAAUAACUGACAAAACAUUUGAGGGACUUACCCAUUUGGUGUCCCUGCAAAUCAGCGGGAAUCAGCAUUGCAAGUUUGAUGAAAAUGCUUUUGAUGGUCUUUCAUAUCUGCAAGAACUUUAUAUUGCCAACAUGGACUUAACUCGCAUAUCCUUAGUUAUGUUCGCAAGCUUGAAAAAUCUCAGACUUCUGGAUAUCCACGGAAACAAAAUUUGGAAAAUAGAAUUUGAUUUUAGGUCUGUAUUUCCCAAUCUGCAAUAUUUGGAUGCGUCAAAAAAUCUCCUCGAUGGAUUGUCAAAACUUCACAAUAAUUCAUUUUCAAAUCUAAACACGGCAAAACUGUCGGGAAAUCCUUUGCAAUGUAAUUGUGAAUUACGAUGGUUGAAACACGUAUCGAAAAAGGUCCUUGAUCCUGAAUAUGGCAGUGAUGCAUUAGUUUGCGCUGGACCAGAACGACUGAAAUUUGCUCCGAUUUUGCGCGUUCCGGACUUGGAGUUUAAGUGUGUCCCACCGGAAAUAAUCAACUGUACAACUGAAACAUACGUGGUGAUGGAAACGGCACCACUCCGGAUGUUGUGUGAGUUGGCAGGAGAUCCGUAUCCGGAGGUAACCUGGACGAGAUAUGAUGGAAAACAUGUGGAAUUUACUUACGAACACACUUCAAACUACUAUGUUUCUAGAACAGGAUCGUUGGAUAUUUUCAAUGUUUCAAAGGCCGAUGAAGGUACAUGGACUUUAAGUGUCACCAAUACAAUAGGUAAGACAAGCCAUCAACUCGAAGUUGAUGUAACACCAAAUACUACAUCGACAACGAACACUUCGACGGCACGUAUCACAACAGCAAAUCCGACGACAGGACCCCCAACAGUUACCUGGAUGAAAACGACAGCAGAAUGGACGACGACAACUCUAACGACACCUAUAAUCACACCAGCUUCAAACAUAACAUCUUCGAAACCGCUCGCUAACUGGCUGAGUGCAAUUGAACAAAGUACAUCUUUUCCCGGCAUCGCAGCACUUGAUACAAUGCAAGAAAAUGGGAAUUCAGCUGGAUUUACGGUAUUAAACACUGAUGAUAAAGAAACAAUGGCGGGCGAAGCUAGUGGACACCUUUACAUGAUAAUAGCAGGUGCAGUAGGAGGAGGAUUUGUCAUCGUUGUCGUACUCGUUAUCGUCGCCAUUAUCUACUGUGUCAAAAGGAAGCAGAAUACUCUGCAAGUACACAUCGGUAUCAGAUAUGACAAUGCUGUUUACUCGGCGGACGGUAUCUAG